AUGGCAACACUAACAGGCGCCCAAGUGUCGAGAUCAGACCUCAACGGAUCACCACAAUCAUCACGCGCUUCUUCACCAGAUCUCGAAACACUGGAGCGGCUAGGCGCAAACUUGCAAUUCGAGAUAGUCGACAAAUCACCUCAAAUCUUGGAAACAAUCGAAAAUCCGGAAGACGAGGAGGAGGAAGUCGAGUUCCAGCUGUUUGCGCCCACGAAACCCUCCACCGAUGCAUCGGCCCCGGCUCCCGUUCCUCAAAAGAUUCGCAUUCGAACACCGUCGGAAGAGAUUAGAGAACCUGGAAUUAUCGGUACUGGACGUCCAUCGAGCUACUAUCAUACUGGGGGGGUUGAUCCGAUACGCGCCAAAGAAUAUGAGAUUGCAGCCGUGACUGGUGCAGACGUGAUAGCCAUGUCAAAGCAACCAUGUCCUGGAUGUGCAUAUCCUUGGAAGGUUGUCAAUAUCCCUGCGUCACAAGCAAAGGCAGCUCUCGCAGCCGAAGCAUCACAAAAUCCGGUAGCCGAAGCCUUCCUUCCUGACGUACCAAAGAAACGCACACGCAUGGGCAAGAAGGAUAGAACAAAAAAGAGAGCAAAGAUGGCAGCUCUCAAGGCCAAAAAGGAGGAGGAAAGCAAGUCAAAGGAAGAGAAGGAGAGACUGGAUCGCGAGAAGAGGGCCAGAAGAAACAGAGAGAAGAAGUUCAAGAAGAGAGCAAGGGACAAGGCCAAGAAAGUUGCUGGCAAAGAAGGAGAUGACGCUGGUGCAGAUGACGACUCUGAUGACGAGAGUGAUGUAGAUGUCGAGAUGGCUUCAUGA